UUUCGAACUGACGUGAGCGUCUUCCUGACCAUCUUCCUCUCAUUGGGUGUGUCUUCUUGUCUUCUUCUUUGCGUCUCACCCUCGCCGCUACCAGGCUACCAGUGGCCGUCAUGGCGUCCCGGCCACCACCGCUAUCCUUGCAAGGCGUGUCCGCGGCUGGGCUGCGCAAGUUCUUCCAAGAGUUGAUGGACGAGUUCGUUGAUCGCGACACUGACAAGCUGCGUGCGUUGACUACCGCAGACACGUGCAACACGGUGGUGCUUCCACGCACAAAGGAGAAGCAGUGCGCCUUUUUGGAACUCAUGGACCCAGAGCAUAUCGGCACGGCUACCGUAUUUGUGUCACACGCGUGGCGGUACAAGAUUGCAGACGUACUUGCCACCAUGGUUGAGUUUGCUGAAGAAGAGAAACGACACGGCCGGCCAGAGCCUUACUUCUGGUUUGAUCUCUUCAUGAACAACCAAAACAUUGCAGCCGAUCUCCCACAAGACUGGUGGAGCACGACGUUCAAGGAGUCCAUCGCUGCGAUUGGCAAAGUGCUGCUGGUGUUGACGCCGUGGAGCAACCCCAUCCCGCUGACGCGCGCGUGGUGCCUGUGGGAGAUCUUCUGCGGCAUCAGCCAGGAGGGCGUGGAGCUUGCCAUCCGGCUGCCUCAGCACCAGCACAAUGCCCUUGGGCAAGCUCUGCUGGACGACGCAGAUGCCAUCACGAACAUGCUGGUCGAGGUACAGGCGGGGAAGGCCGAGGCGUGGAAGCCCGAGGACAAGGAGAUGAUCUUCCAGGCAAUCAACUCCACCGUCGGCUUCACGCAGCUGAACAAGGCCGUCAAGGACCAGAUGCGCGCGUGGUGCCUGCGCGUCGCCCAAACUUUCGUCACGGAUAUGGAGCGCAAAGGCGCCACCGACACGGACAGCUACGCGCUCAUGUGCAGCCGAGUGGGCAGCGUGAUGACGUCGUUUGGCGCGAGCGAGGCGGCCAUCCCACUCCACGAAACUGAUUUGCGGGUGACCCUGGCCCGGCACGGCCCGAAGCACGCGGGCGUGGGUGUUGCGUACAACAACCUUGGGACCGCACACAGUGGCAGUGGCAACCUUGACAAGGCGGCGGAGUGCUUCAAGAAGGCACUUGCUUUCGAUCUGGCUGUGCACGGGCACAACCACGAGAGCACCGGCAUCACACUCAACAACCUCGGCAACACCCUCAUGCAGAAGGGCAACUACGAUGAGGCCAUCCGCUACUACGCACAGAGCGCGUCGAUGCUCGCGUCCCUCAGCGACAGCCGUGCGCGCAAGCAUCUUGCACAGGCGCUCAACAACAUCAGCCAGGCCUACAGCAAGAAGGGCGAAUAUGCGCAAGCCAUUGACUUCAGCCACCGGGUGCUGCAGAUUCGGCGUGCGACGCUCGGUGAGCAGCACCCGGAUGUGGCAGCCUCGUACGUGAGCUUGGGCACGUUUUAUGAUGCCAAGGCAGACUACGACCAGGCCUUGGUCUACUUGCACAAGGCACUGGACAUCUUCAGCACCAUACUGGGCGCCAGCCACCCGCACACCGGCUCCGCGUUCACGCAACUCGGCAAUACGCUGGUAUCGAAGGGCCAGCUGCUGGAGGCCAUCAAAAUGUACGCAGCAGCGCUACAAAUUCAUCGCAAGACCCGUGGCGAGGAUGACCUCUCCACAGCCAUGUGCUACAACAACAUCGGCACAACGCUUGUCAAGAUGGGCGACCCCACGCGUGCGCUCGAGUACUUUACGAAUGCGGUGCACAUCAAAGAGCGGGUGCUGGGGACGGAGCACCCGGAGACGGCGUCGUCAUACUUCAACUUGGGCAGCUUGUGCUUUCAGCAGGGCAGCGUGGCCCGCGCGCGCGAGCACUUCAACAGGGCCCUGCGCAUCCAGCAGCGCGCGCUUGGUGAAGACCACCCGAGCACGGCCAUGACGCUCGACAACCUCGCGCUCGUGGCUGCUCAGAGGGGUGACUUGGCCGCUGCCAUCGCCCACACGCGCCGCGCUCUGCACACGUACACAAGAUGCAUGGGCUCCGCACAUCCGUACACGCAGAGGGCACAGCGCAACCUCGCCGAAUUUGCUGCCAUGGCCCAGCGGGCCCAGGGCUUUGGCAGCCAGUCCUCAGCCACAGUCACAGCCACACAGAACCUGCUGCUUCGCUUCUUGUGCGCCGUGGCCAAGUGAAUUGGGGAACAGCGGAAGGUGGGAAGGGGGGAGGUGAACAGGUGGGACGUUGAG